CGUUGACAUGCCAGUCAGUCGCGGAGUUGAACGGUGGUACGAACCGUUCAUUCACUCGCGUCGCGCCGCUAUUCAUCGACCGACUCGUUUUGUCGGUUGUUUUGUGCUUCGCAACAAAGGAAAUCUAAAAAAAAAAUAUGUGAUUCCUGACAUAAAACGUGCACAGAAUAAAUCGAUAUUAAUUUUAGUGUUUCACGGACGCCGUUCAGUGUACGGCGCACAGGGUAUCGUCCGCUCAAAAUAUAGUUUCUUUAUCGACCUGAUUCGACGGUGUUUAUGUUUAGGGUAUCUCGGAGUUUGUUUUGCAAACAUACAGCAUACCCUCGAGCCGAGUUAUAGAGUGGUGUAGUGUGGCGGGUGUCGGGGUCGCGGUAUGUGCUCAGUGUGAUGGUGCUAGUGGUCAAUAUGUGGCGAGCGACGUGGGUGCUGGCGUUGGUGUGUGUGGUGUCCGGGGAAAUCGGGCACAACAUGAACAACAUCACGGCGCACUUGAUGCGCGAGAUGUCGGACGUAACGGAGCUGGCAGCGGUGAACUUCUCGCAGCCCGACAUCAACCCCACGUACGUGGCCAGCAUGCAGUUCGACAUGCGCGCCAUGGGCCCGCUCUACAACUCCACGCACAUCGUCAUUGACUUCAUCGCACAUAAGCAGGCCUAUCCUGAAGGUAUAGUAACGGUGUCUGACGGUCACCCGGAGAUCGCGUCGCUGAAGGACAAUUGGCGCGUGCUGGUGGCACACUACGCGGGCCCGCUCGCCGUGUUGGUGGUGGUGGCGCUGCUGGUCGUCGUGCUGCCGCUCGCCGCGUUGUUCUGGUGCUGCUGCUACUGGUGCCGCGUGGGGCGGCGGCGGCGGCCGUUCGACCGCAAGUACGACGCCUGCCUCAAGGGCCUGCUCGCCAUCGUGCUCAUCGCUCUGCUCACCCUCUUCCUUUUCGGCGUGGUGUGCGCAUUCGCGACAGACUCGCAGAUCGACAGCGGCGCGGCGGAGGCGCCGGACUCGCUGCGCGCGGGCAUGAAGGACAUGCGCACCUUCCUCAACGCCACUCAAGCUCAUGCGCGACAUCUGCUCGUCACCAACUACAAGGAACUCUCCGAGAAACUUAACUCUGUGCUUUACACGAGUGGUCUGACGGUGUCGAUGAAGCUGGGCGAGUUCUCGCGCGCGGUGUCGGUGACCACGCUCAACAAGAUGGUGCAGCGGCUGGACGAGGUGCAGAGCAACCUGCGCGACGUGCACGCGCUCACCGCCGCACUGCGCACGCGCGCCGAGGAGCUCAACGCCGGUCUCCGUAAAGUGAAGAGCCAGCUCCUGCAGACGCUGGCGCGGUGCGACCAGCCCAAGUGCAUCGCGCUGCAGACCAAGUACAAGAUAGGACAACUCGACACCGAUAUACAGUACAGCCAGAUGCCUGACGUGAGCGAGCUGCUGACGAACGUGACGUCACUGAUCGACGGCCACAUCAAGGAGGAAGUGGCAGCCGGACAGCAGGUGUUCAGCGACAUCCAGCGCGGCAUCCGGCGCUCCGUCGACGAGCACAUCCCCAACGUGCAGCAGUCCAUCGCGGAGACGGGCCGCCGCCUCGCCGCCAUGGCCGACCGCAUCACCGACAUGGCCAACAACGCCAGCGCCAGCAUCGAGGCCGAGGAGAAGAACAUCCACGUGGUGCAGGAGGCCACCGAUAAGUACCGCCCCUACCGGAGAUACAUCGGCAUCGCGCCCGCCGCCGUGCUGCUGUUGAUCACGCUGCUGAUGGUGUGGGGGCUGACGUGCGGCGUGUGCGGCAAGCGGCCCGACGUGUACGGCGCCAGCGACUGCUGCAACAAGGGCGCCGGCUCCAAAUGUCUGCUCUGCGGCGUGUGCGUGACGCUGGUGCUUGGCGCGGUGGUGUGCGCGGCGCUGGGCGCGUACUUCGCGCUCGGGCUCGCCGCGCAGCGCGCGCUCUGCGACCCGCUCACAGAGCCGCGCGACAACCGUCUGUUCGACGACGUGGACAAAUUCGUAGACCUCGAAAAGGUGAUGUUCAACGAGCAUAGCGACCCCGACUUCAAGUUGUCGACCGUGCUGGUCAGUUGCCAUGGCAACCACACCAUCUACGAGACGCUGCACCUGCACCGGCUGUACGACCUGGAACAGCUGCAGGACGAGAUGUGGGGCGAGGUGUCGCGGCGCGUGGCCUCGCUGCGACCCGUGUUCCCCGCCGCCGGCGCACACGUCACCAUCCUCAGGGAACCCGCCAAGCAGAAGCUUAGACAAUUAGCUAAUACAGGCCUCUCGGACUUUGACUUCGAUAAGAUAUUGGAUGCCCUGGAGACGAACAUGACGAGCCUGGCGCUGGAGGGGCUGGCGCGGCAGCUCAACAGCACGGCGCGCUCGCUGGCGCAGCCCACCUUCGAGCGCGAGGCGCGCGACCUGCUGCGCGCCGCCGCCGCGCUCUCCGCGCUCGCCGCCGGCACGCUGCACCCCAUGCUGCGGGACGCGCAGCGCCUCAACGCCACGGCGAUCAAGCUGCGCGACGAGCUGCGCUUCAACCACUCGUCGCUCAAGGAGGCCAUCUCCUACCUCAUGCACGAGACCACCGAGGCCGAGGUCUUCCUCAACACGCAGGGACCAGAGCGGCUGCAAAACAUGACGAAGUCGUUCGCGACGGUGAUCGCGUCGCAGUUACAGCGUUACAUGCAGCACGUGGUCCACGAGGCGCGCGUAUCGGUGGGUCGCUGUGGGCCGCUCUCCAACGCCUUCAACGCCACACGCGACGCCGCCUGCCACAAGAUACUCAUGCCCACCAACGGCUACUGGAUGUCGCUGGCGUGGUGCGUGCUACUGUUCGUGCCCAUGAUGGUGGUGGCGCAGAAGCUUGCAAAGCUGUACCUGCACGUGGACCCGUACCCGGGACCGCUAGUCGAGGCCGAGUAUUUGUAUGAUGCGUACGCGGACCGCGAUAACGUACCCCUUGCCAACGCCUACAAGGUGGAGAAGCGGUCGGGGCGCGAGGGGCGCGAGGGGCGCGGGCGCGGGCGCGGCGAGGGGGAGGUGUCGCGCGGCUCGGGCGCGUACGGGGGCGGCGCGGGGGCUGCGGGGGGCGCGCCCCUGCCCGCGGGCGGAGGGGCCGCCGCGAGGGACCCCGCCCUGGCGCCGGCUCUCGACCCACACCACGCGCGCAGAUAUAAUGAUAUGGCGCCAAAGCACUGGGAAGAAGGCCCGCCCCGCUACCACGGCCCUACUGAGUACGAGCGACCACCCCCCUACUACUAUCCCGGACCAAAUUCAGGUAACGGCAGCGCAGGCCCGCCGCCUGUAAUACCACGAGCAAAGGUUAUUGAUCAAGAGGAUGGUCACGUUCGACGCCGUCCUAAAGGGGUUCCGUGGGCUAAAGUUAUCGCUCAAGUUAACGGCAACAAACCCGGUUCACCGGCCGAGAUCCCUAGAGCCAAGGUACUGGGCCAGUGGGAUAAGUUUGUAGCCGCGCCGGUCGCCAGCCCGCGUACGAAGGUGCCAUCUCCUGUCAGAAGUUUUGACCAGCCGACCAUGAUACCAUGGGCAAAGGAGAACGGCAUAUCUGCAGGACCGUCAGGAGUUCCGCCGACGGCGAAGGUCCUCGCCGAGGCGGCUGUAACGUUGCCGGUGUUCAGCAACCUGCCGCGCGUGUCCGGCAAGCAACUGCCGCGGACGCCAUUUAACCAUCUCGCCACAAGCAUGUGAUAGACAGUAAGCUGGCGCUCACGGAACUCGACGAAGAGCUGUUGAAGUACUGAGGAACGACCGCCUCCCGCAACCUACGUACAACGCAAUGCUGCAAUGCAACGUGCAACACGCAACGUGUAACGUGCUACAUAUUUUUCCAUAUAUUAUACGAAGUCAUUUAAAUCCUACCGUCACACUGGCGACCAAAGGAAUGGUGCUCAUUAAUAAUUUUUUUGAUCGCCAUUGUUAUAGUACUUUGGAUCCAUAGAUAGCAUAGAGUAAGAGAUGUAUAACAGUACCUAUUCCGUAUUAAGAUUUAGCGAUUACAUAAAUGGGAAUAUUAUAGUGUUAAGGGAAUAGUCGAUAAUUUAAGUCCCCAGUGGAUUAAUGUAUACAAUGGAACGAUACGCCACCACUCACGAGCCUGAUUGCAUUUGUGAGAGGCCGUCGAGUUAGGUUCCUUUAUUGAAUGAUAAUUAUAUCAAAAUAGUUUUGCCAAAAUAAGGUCCGUAAUGUAUGGUAGAAUUGAAUAAUCUCUAAAAUGGCGGUGUAAUUAGUUUCGGAAGGAUACUCAAUAAUUUCAUCAGUAGACUAGAUUGGGUCUUUACAUUUAUCGUUAACAAGUAAAGAACUUGCAAGAUGAUGGCCUUCUGUUAGAAGUGAAAACGUAUGCCAAGAUGACUGCCAUAUUGAGUAGCAGAUGAAGCGUGGAUGUUGGAGUGCGGCGGACGUGGGUAGGGGAGGUGUUUGUGCCAGGAGUGUGACGGAACGUUUUUGCUUGGGAUGGUAGAUUUUUUAUAGAAUUUUUGGGUAAAGGUGCAGACCAUAGCUCAAGUAACAUCGAGGUCUGUACACGGAUUUCGCAAAAUAGAGCAAAAUUGGUGUGUUCUACCACCGGUUUUUGUCGGUGGUGUUUAGCAAAGUAGGGGGUAUUGCCCCGCUCCGCCCUCGGCUUUAACUGAUUUUAUAUAGUUUGUUGUACGCGGGUUAAUGCCGCACAAAAUAGUAAUUGAUUUAAAUCUGAGAGAUUAAUUUUAUCUUAGUUGUAUGUUAUUAUUGUAGUUUAAGUGAGAAGUUGUCAGACGGACUCCACGAUCAAAGUCGGUGUACACAACUGCACCAAGUUAUCUGUAGUUGAACAGAACUCUAUCUUUGUGGACACCACACAACUCAGUCGAUUUCUCCCAACCGUGGUGAUGUCUCAACUACCCGCAGUAGGUCGCGAGUCCGUCUGGGAGCGCGAUAUUUCACUCGUUUUUUUAUUGGCUGUUCAUCUUCACUUUAUAUUCGACUGAGAAAAGACAAUGGUAUGAAAAAACGACGAGAAGUAAAAUAUAUUUAUCGAUAUAUUUUAACGACAUGUGAUUCAAUAUUCUCAUAUGCACGUCGAUGAUAUCAGUCGAUACUAAUAAUUUUCACUCAUUUACAUCACGGCGGCGAGAUUGUAAUGCAUUUAUAUUUAAUGUUAGGAUAUUACUCUCGUAUGUACGAAUUAUAGAGAGUCGCCUCAAAGCGGACAAGUAAAGGUUCUUUAGGUAUUAAGUUCCAAACAUCACAUAGAAUUAGGAAAAAAACAAUAUUGUUUUCAUGGUAUCAUUGCUCGCGGUCUCAUUGUUGGCAAAUACUCUUUUUCGUUUAAAGGUUUUGAUUUUUUUUCAGUAGGGUGCAUCACGCCAUAUAAGGUUUUCACCCAUAAGAAUAUAAGAAUUGGAUCUAACCCUCCCAAUAGUAUCUUUAGCUCGUAAUUGUGGUGCUGCUUUGAGGCGAAGUAAUGUGAAGGAACUCGUAGCGUGUAAGCUGAUUUUCUUCCUAACAAUAUAAUACUCGUAAUAAACAUUUCCAAUGAACAAUAAUUUUCAAUUCUCCUUCGUCUUUGUUGUUUUUAGACCCUGAUCGAUUAUCGAGAAAAAGCCAUUAAGCAAGGUCGUAAUAGUCGAUUUUGCCCGCGAGUGAUAUCGACUAAGUCCAUCACUAAUUAGAUUUCUACGCCUCAGUCGAGACUAAGAUUCCUAUGUAAUAACAAUUCCUAUCACUCAAUGAUCUCAAGAAUGGGUCUAACAGUACAUUGUUCUCUAUAAAAUAUCAGUAAAUACAAUAGAUAUUGUCGGUGAGAAACUAAAGGUUUUCGAGUAAAGUUCCGCGUGACGGCAGCCGCGGCCUCGUUCGCGCGACUGUCUCCUGUUUUAGGUUAAUAUUGUGAUUAUUAUUUUCAUAUAUUUUAAAUUGUUGACUCGGGGUGUGAGAUUUUUUGUAAUAAAUAAAUAUAUGUGUCAUAUCUUAAGUUAAGGCCAAUAUUGUAUUCGUGUAUGUAAUGCCAAAUAUUUGUUGUCUGUGUGUUUGUGACGAACACUAGCUUAUUUAUCGAUGUCGAUGGAUGACGAUAUUAUAUUAAUUGUAAUUUUCAAUUUCCUAAUGAUUAUUUAAUAGGGAUAAAUGUAUUUUAUGUACGCUACAUUUACACAUUUCAUGGCUGAUUUAUCGACAUCGAUAAAAAUGUUUAAAUUUUCUCUAUUUAGCCUUCGUACUCUAUAGAGACGGUAAAGGCGUAGAAACUUUGCAUAGCCUGGGAAGGACGCAGCUGAGAAACUUAUUUCGAUUAAUUGAAUGUAGACCUUCUCGUGUUUUGUAACACUUUUAGAUUGAAUAUUUGUAGUGAAUUUUUUGGAGUAUCGGCUGCGUCGCCGCUCUCGAUCUCUCUGCGUAUUGUACUGUCUUCCUUAACUACUGCCCCGGGGUCGGCGUUUCUUUACACGCAUCACAUCGAUUGCCUACAACAAUUGUUAGAUUUUUAUCUGCAUGUUGAAUUUUUAAUGUAAUACCGUAGUCCUUGUAAGUCUGAGAUUUAUUAUACGAAUUUUUUGAUCAUCUUAAGUAAAAAAAAAUUAGUAAAACGACAUUAAUUAUAAUCUUUAUAUUUGACUAUCUAUGGAGUCUUUUAUAUCGAUAUUAGAAUGAAGCGCCGACCUCCUAAUAUGUCGGGAAUACAGCGUACCUAUACUUUCUGCUCACUUUUACUUAGAGGACAUUGCCAUCCGUGCGUCCGAACAUUUAUAAUGAAUUUUAGUAAUUACGUUGUACGAACCACUGCUCAAUUGUUUCGUGUUUAAAUAUAAAAUGGUAAUAGCGACUCGAGUCUUUUAUUCGAAUGACUCGACACAUUUCCUAACAUCCGUAAUCGAGUGGUCACUCGCUGCUGUAGUAAUUAUAGUAAGUUUGAACUCAAACCUACUAGCGAUUGAUUUAAUUACUCGAAUGAAUUGAUUCUUUGAGUAGUUUGAAUAGAAUGUACUCGAGUCACAUGCAUUCAACGGUGCUAGGUGACGCAUCAAGAGUCGGUUUUGUUGGCAUCGACUGAGCAUUUAUGUCCCGAUGUGCAAUGUGCAUGCUUGUUGCAACUCUACGCUCGCCAAUACCUUAGCGUGAGCUCGUAUAUUACAUAAUAUUACUGUGCAGUCUCACUUGAGGUGCAGCAUGCGCAUUCCUUAGUUUUCUUUACUUACUCUUUGGACUCGGAAAACUUUUCACUAGGGACAUUUUUUUACACGUUUGCCUUCAUUCGAUGCCGACUUGGUCGACGGAGUUUAAAAUGCUUUUUUGAAAACCGAUACGGCGCGGCGUGUUUGACAACGAAGUAAAAAAUUGUGAAAGACCGUGUUGGGAAUCAUAGGUUUGUGAUCAGAGCUCAUGUUUUCAGUAUCUGUAUAAUAUAUGAUGGACGUUCUGACACGGUACUGCUUCGACUAUACAAGUUGUGACCGAAUCUAUAUUCCGCCACAGUACUGUGGAGUUGUCAAAGCCGGCGCGUGACGUCACUCGGUGUAGACCUUCAGCAACUGUCGCGUCGUGCGGCGAUACGAUAGACUUAGCGUAAGUUAGAGUUAACGUAAUUCCAAUGUAUCUUCUAAUGUAGUGUAACCAAAUAUGUUUUGUAAGAGAGGCGCGGUGUACGCGCAGGCUGUGCGAUGGUCCGCAGAACGGAGUGUUGACAUACGUCAAAUAAAUACAUUUAUCUAUAACACA